AUGCAUCUCACUACCAUCACAAUCCUCCUCACUGCAACAAUUGCCCUUGCAAACCCCGCCCCUCCAACAUGCGGAACUUGCAACCCUCUCUCCGGCCAGAAUAGCUGCGAUAUCACGACCUCGUGCAUCAACACAGGCUCGGCUUUCCACUGUGCCUGUCGCGCGGGUUAUAAGGCGUCGGAGCAGAACAACAAUAUCAAAGAUCAAUUCAGACUCGACAUGCCUAAUUAUGAGUUCUUGGUCUUCGUGCCGCAGAAUACGGUCUGUGAUACGCUUUGUGAUGAUCCCUACGGUGCUCCGUCUACUAUUUGUAAUGAGGUACCGAUUUACAAACAGUGCAAGGUUUAG